AUGGAAACCACGAACAUCCAGCUCAUUGACAAGACGGCUCCUGCCGAGAUCGCUACAGACGACCUAGCCAGAGGCUUCUCCAGGACAACCACCAGCACCAGCACCGGGUCUCGACUGUGGAGCCGACCGUCGAUUCGCGCGGAGCGGGCAAAACGGAAAUAUGCGAAAUGGCAACCUGAUCGGUUAGGCGUUGCUGCUUCGAAUGAGGGCGAGGCUGAUCAGCCGUCGUCGUCGGACGAAGGAGGCUUGUUGCGGGCAGGUACAAUGACAAACACUCUCACCAACACGGAUACAAUUCAGGAGGGUGUCAGUAGUGACCACACGAACGGUUACCAGUCUGACUCGCAGGCCCUCUUCGAGCAGAAUAACACGGCGGAGCAAGUCCAGCAGCAGGAUUUCGGCGCUGGCACUGGCAAUACGAGCGGAAGUGAAAGCGGAAAUGGAACCACACAUCAAUCAAAGAACCACCCCACGAUCUGUGGCUUGAAACCAGGAAGCGAGUUGGAUAUCUUGUACGAAAAUCAACGUGGCUGGUUCUUCUUCGGUAUCCCGCUUUAUUCUAAUCAGUCCCUCCUUAAUAUGGACCCACCGUCUUGGGUAAACGCGAGCGGGAAACGCAGUUUCGUCAAUAUCACAAACGCCCAGGUCCCCGAUCCGAGCUGGGAAUGGGCAUGGAAAACCUGGUACGUGGAUAUGUCGGGUGACGUUGAUGACCAAGGGUGGCAGUAUGCAUUCUCGUUCUCCCUGUCAUCAUCAUGGCAUGGGACACAUCCGUUCUGGCACUCGUUUGUGCGGCGGAGACGAUGGGUGCGGUUACGAGUUAAAAAGGUUUCUCCUGCUGAAAGGCAAAGACGGAGUCGGACGGGCCUGGAAAUGGGCCAUACGCUUAAUGAAGAUUACUUUACGAUACAUACGGGGGUGAGAAGGAAACAGGCUUCUAUCUCAGAGAGGGCUUCCCGGACGACAUCGGUGAAUUUAGGGAGGUCUGCUACGGAUAACGAAGGAGAUGAAGGUGUGGAUGAGAUUAGGAAUAUCCCCGCUUUGAUGUAUGCGAUCAAGGCUGCGAUUGUGGAUCGGGAAAAGUUUGAUGCCGUGAGAAAGUUCGUCGAUGAAGGAGGGGAGGAACUAUACUACUUGGACGGGAGGAUCCCCGAAAUCAUGAGCCGGCUCGUCUAUCAAACCUCCCGAUGGCAGCUCCUCGCAUAUUUAAACGACACCAUACAAAAUAUAUCCAAGCAACAGCAGGACCAAGAGUCUAAUGAACAAACUAUGUUUGAGGCCGAAGGUCUCCGCCGCAAGCAUGAAUAUCUCUCUCGUGCCGCCGACACAGCAGAGCGGCAUCUCGCCGGCCCCGAAGUAUUCCACGAACCUAACGCGGACGAGGACACACAGCGGCCCUCAACAACAACAGAAAUGCUCGAUCUUACGCCAGGGAAUAGAAGGGAUAGCCUCUUAUCUCGAGUCUCUGGCAGGUAUUCGUUCCAGCCGAUGGAUAAUGGAGGCGAGAUUAGGGGCAUCCCACCAGAGGCGGAGAUUGGACAUGAGUUCCAUAUUUAUUGA